AUGAUUCGCAGAUCCGCUCUCGAUCAUUGUACAUCUGCUUACGAUGCGAUGCCUGAAAGCGAGUCCGAUUCGGUGAUUCCCGCGCAGCUGUCCUUCCUCGCCAUCUACAACCCAACCCUCGGCCCCACCGAUGAGACACUCGAGGACCAGAUCGUGUUCUACACCUCCAGGACCGAUCUACAAAGAGAAGAUGACUCUACGAUAGCGGAGAAUAGUGGGAAGUUGGCGGGGAUUGAUAAAAAUGAGCGCUUGCGCCAGAUAGGUCUGGCACAAGGCAUGGUCAACUUCGCCAGCAACUUCUCGUCGGGACAGCCUCUAGAAUAUGUUGAAACUGAUAAAGCAAGGUUUAUUUUUGCCCAGUUGGAGCAGGACUGGUGGGUUGUCGCAUCUAUCGACUUGACUCGUCUCCCCGCCGAUCCAAGCCAAACAUCCUUGAGUGAAAACAACGGCACUUCCACAUAUCAAUAUUCGGCCAGGGAAAUGGGACCCCCGCAACUAUUCCUCCAACAACUACGCCGCGCACACUCCCUCUUCCUCCUUCACCAUGACUUCUCCUUGGAUGCGCUCUAUGAACGUGUCGGCCGAUCCAUAUUCUGUCUUUUUCUCGAGCGAUUCUGGGAGAAGUUUGCUUGGAAUUGGGAAAUUCUACUGACUGGAAAUCCCACCGUCGAGAUAUACAAUGGCAUCAAACUCGCCGCUGGCGGAGAGUUGGGCGUAGGGGUUGGAGAGGAAGAGUGGGGCAGUGGUGAGAGAGAGGUUCUUGAAGACUUCGUUGCUAGAACAGAUGGUCUGCUGGACCUAGUUGUGUCAAGAUUCGGCGAACCGGCUGCCCAACUAGAUGAUUCCCCCUCGACAGCCAAGUCGAAUGACCAAAACGCUUGGCUGGGAUCAGAUCAUACUCCUCGUCCAGCCGAUGGCGUUGUGUUUUCGGGGCUUGGAGCCGUCUCCCGUCUUUCUUUGGCACGUGUUUCACACUGGAUGGAAUGCAUUUAUAAAUAUGGAGAUACGUCAUAUGGAGUAGGGCGGGACCCGGCCUCAAUACGUCGACGCAGGCCACGGAGGCGAGAUAGACAGAAAUCCGAAAAUGUCACGGCUGUCUCUCAAAGUGGUAUACUACCCUCGACUCCCGAUAUGGAUCGCAGCCAUACGCCAGGAAUACCACGUCCACUGAUCAUCGCUACGCCGCAACCGAACCCGGACCAGCAAAAAGAAACGAACCCUGCGGACGGAACCACCGACAGCACAUUAUCCACGAAUGACCAAGGAUUUGGAACCGAAACAGUAAUGAAAUAUCUGACUCUUGGAUAUGGCUCCGCAUGGAGUUUCUCCAAACCAGUCUCCCCCUCUCCCGACAACCCGGCCGCGGCUGCGAAUGGACCGAUGAUGAACUCUCGGCAACAGAUCGGCAAUCCUACAAAUGCUGCGCAAUCUUUAUCAAAUGAACCAAGAAACGGGCCAAGAAACAUCAGUCUGGGUCGCUUCAUCCUCGGUCCGCGUGAUGACUUGGAUCUACUAGAUGAUUUGGAAGAAGAGAGCCCAGCGCCUGAGGCGGAAGCUAGCAAGCCCAAGAGCCGCAUAAUACAUAGGUUCAUUCAUAUCCAUGCCUCAGAUGAAAGUACGAAAAGACUCCAAGCAAUCAUCUAUGUUAAUCAACCAUUCGUGUUCACGUUCCUUUUCGACCCAGAAACACCCUCACUCUCUUCACCAACCCUUUACACAAGCAUUCACCACCAGCUUGGCCCUCUCCAAAAACCACUGUUGGCAUCGACUUCACCAGCAACAGCCGCUGCCCGGAUUGCCCAUCCCGAUGCCCCAAACGCUAGCAACCGUGCCGCACGAUCCCAAUCACUCUACGACUUCGUCUACGACCCUUCCAACCUAACAAUCCGCUCCUCAAUCCCCAACAUCCCAGCCUUCGGAUCCCCAUCCACCCAUUCCCGCGAAAACAAUCCACGCACCCCAUCCCCCUCUCAACCAAAGCCAAGCACGCCCUUAUCCCGCAUCGAAAGCCUCGGCAUCCACCACCGCCUCUUAACAACAUAUACCGACACCCGUUCCAGACCUCUAGAACUAGAACGGACCUGCAAAACAAGUCGCGGGUGGUGGAUAAUCUGGGUACGCAUCCCACAAACGCAGGACACGGGCAAGGACACUCCCUCGCCAGCGCCCCUCUCAACAAGAUCUUCAUCAGCAACCCUCUCAUCCAUGGCCGAAGCCUCAGUUCCAGCCUCAGCCCAAAACUUAAUCCCUGAAACACCACAGGCCCAGCCACAGGAAGCUUUCCUCGUCCGUAAGGCGGUCGACUACGUUUCUCCAGGCCACUCCCGCGUAAGCAGUGGCGCUCGCUUUUUCCGCGACUUGGGUGGUGCUUCGUCGAAACUUGGAUCUGGGUCUGGGCGGGCAGAUACCGCGCCCUCGAAGUUGGUGGAGGGCGUCGGUAUGGAUGCGAGGAGGUAUAUUGAGGGGCUGUUACGGUUUAAUCGGUGA